UCUCGCACUCUCGCUCACAAUAAUUGAGUUUGUCACUGGUGGACCUAAGGUCUCCGGUUCCAUCCUGUUAUUAUCUUCUUGGAAAUUUCGGCUAUGGAUCACUGUCUUCAAGUCCACUUAUUGCUGACAGAUCCAUCCUCUCAUGGAAAUGGCCUGUUCUACUUCUAUCAUCCAGAAUGAGAGUACCGAAGUCCUUCGAUUGUCACUUUCAUUCGCACUGACUUGUAUUCGUGGUCUUUUUAUUCUUGGAACAACUCACCACUCGGGAAAUUAAUGUGAGUGCGAAGCAACAAUAAUGAAGCUACAAUCAGAGCGUUUAAAAACAAAUUGCCCUCUAGAGAAGAUGAAUAGGUAAGUCUUAAAGUCUCCCCAGGUUCCUCAUAGUAUAGAAAGAUCUUCCGUCCCUAAAGUUUUGCCAUGGCAGAGGCUUUCAUAUCUGCAGUCAUCAGUGACAUGGUUAGCAGGGCAAUCUCUAUUCUUAUUGGUCGUUCUACUGGACAAGAAAGCAUCAAUGCAAAGUUAACAAGGAUACAUCAUAUGCUGAUCAAGAUUGGAAGUGCGGUCGAGGAGGCCAAGGGGAAGCAGAUCACUAAUCAUGGAACUCUUGAGUGGCUCUCAGAGCUCAUCAGUGGUAUGUACCAAGGUCGUUACUUCCUUGACAUAUCAAAGGGUGGAUCACAAAACCUUGUAGAUGUCAAUGAUAACAAGGGUGUACCCUAUCCUUUCUUAUUGUCAUCUUUCAAUCCUGCGAAGCGCUUACGCAUUUCUGCAAGUAGUAUCAAGACCCUAUUUUCAAAUGAUGAUAGCAUUCUUGAGAUCAACAACGUUUUAGCAAAUUUGCAGAACUUAUCAGUUGGCAUAAGAGAGUUUGUCAUGCUGUUAGACAACUGCCCACCAAUCCUUAAACCUCUUAGGACUAACCUUUAUGUGGAUUGUGAGAUGUUUGGCCGGCAUGUUGAAAGAGAGAGGGUCAUCAACUUUUUAUUACACAAAGGCAAUCCCUCAGAAAGGAAGUUAGAUAUUCUUCCUAUUAUUGGCAAUGUUGGUGUUGGAAAGACAACCCUUGUGCAGCAUGUUUGUGAAGAUGUGAGGGUACGCAGCCACUUCUCAUCAAUCUUGUUGUCUGAUUUCUUCACUUUGACAGUUAUGGAAAAUAGUGAGACAAGGAUAGUCCUUAAUUCUAAGUACAGCACAGGUGACUUCGGAAAUUUCAAUGGUUUGCUGCAAACAUUCAAGCGCAAGUUGAACAAUAAAAGGUUCCUGAUGGUAUUUGAGAAUGUUGAUUCGGAGAAGAAACAAAUGUUGCAAGUGCUCUUGUCGAACCUAGGAUCCUGUAAACAAGGGAGCAAGGUCAUUGUAACCAGUCCUCACAACCACACUGCCAGCAUCGGAACUGUGCAACCGAUCAAACUUAGCAUCCUACCAUGUGAAAAGUUCUGGUUCUACUUCAAGGCGCUUGCAUUUCCAGAUGCAGAUUUUGAGGAGAAUUUCCCAAGGAUGGCAGCAAUAGGUAUGGCGAUGGCAAAGAAGCUGAACGGGUCAUUUUUUGGAGCUAAGAUUAUUGGAGCUCUACUAAAGGUUCAUCCUAAUAUCCAGUUCUGGAGUGAGGCUUUGAGAAGUAGUAUUUGGGAUCUCCCAGUUCUUGGCAGUAGCCUCCCCUAUAUUUCGGAUGUGGCCAAUUACUUCCUCUCCAGACAGGUAACAAUGUGUCAUGUCAACAUGCACACAAGCAAAACAAAUUUCGAGAACAGAGCACUCUCUACGUUACAAGAUGUUUGUAUCCAGAGUAGUCCACCCAUUGGGAAGAAGAAAAUAUUGGAUGAUAAGGGUAAUGCGCUCAACUUGCACGUCUUGUUGUGCAAAUCAGUAUUGCCGUUCCAUUGUGUGUACUAUGUCGCUCACUGUCAUGUAAGGGCGGCUAGGGAUGGAUGUGGAUUAUCUGAAUUAUUCCACUGCCGAAACGUAUUGGAUGCAGACAUGGUCUCUUGUAACAUUCCUGCUUUGAUUCUUUCUUCUCCAGGUGGUUCAAGCUCCUAUGUAUAAUUUUAUCAGUAAUAAAGCAUGAACAACUGAACAAGGUGUUCUGAAAUGUUUUGAAAUAUGAUCUUUCGUUGACAUGGAUUCCUACUUA